AUUCAAUAAAAUUAAUUUUUAUUUUUCUUCUCUUUAUUUUUCUAUCGGCGACCAAGAAUGAUUAACAAUAUAAUUAUUGAUUAUAAAAAAUGAACGCUACGUGUUUGGUUAAAUGCCCGUGUGAGAAUGGAAUGAUGAAGCAACACCAGUGCUCCCGUCACGCUGCAGGUGGCAUAGCAUAUGAUUUUAAUGAUGAGCGUGGCAGAGGGACACCGCCACCACCACCACCACCACCACCACCCACGCUUUUUGCCCUUUGCCUUUUUCAUACAUAAAGCAUUUUUGUUUCAUUUUCAUCCCCUUGUUCCUAGGUAGAAAGUUUUGUAGAAUAUGUCACGCAAGAUUGGUUUGACUCUUAUUAAAUGUCAAAACCUGAC